AUGGAGCGAGCCCAGAACGUCCAGUUUCGCCAUUGGCAGGAAUACAUGGAGACGGACCGCGUGGCGCUCACCCGACGCGUCCAGGAGCUAGAGUCCAAGGUCGCCGGCCUCGAGCAGGUCAUCAAGGCCGAGCAGCAGGCGAGUUUGUUGGCUCUGGAGGCCAUCUCGACCGCCUUCCUCGCGAAAACUGCCUGA